AGUCAACUAGAGCAGCCAAACAUUUAACAUGGCUAAGGACUUCGACUUCGACCAGAAAUCCGCGAAGGUGGUCUCCCCUAUCCGCCUCGCGCACGUGGUCCUACGAACCACGCCCGACAAGUUUAAAAUCAUGACAGACUUCUACAAGACCUUUCUAGGGGGAGAAGCUAGUUACGAGAACGAGUUCCUGAGCUUCAUCACAUACGACGAGGAACACCACCGCCUCGCGAUCGGCGCGAUCCCUGGUACAGGACCGAAGAAUCAGAGGACGUGUGGGCUAGAGCAUAUCGCCUUCGCCCACUCGAGCCUCAAUGAGCUCCUCCUCGCAUACCGCCAACGCAAAGCCGCCGGCAUCGACCCCUCCUGGUGCAUCAACCACGGGCCGACCACGUCCAUCUACUAUCACGACCCAGAUGGCAACAUGCUUGAGACGCAGGUAGAUGCGUUUGAGACGCCGGAGGAAGCGACCGAUUUUAUGAUGAGCAAGGCGUUCCAGGAGAACCCAUUCGGCGCGGACUUUGACCCCGAGGAGCACAUUGGUAGGAUUAAGAAGGGUGAGAGUGCGAAGAGUAUCUUGAAGCGGCCGGAUGUGGGGCACAGGGGGCCGGAGAGCUUGCCGGCUGCGGUGUUGGGAGGUCUGUAGGUCGUAGGUACGAAGGGUCCUGCAAUAUCAAAUCGUG